AGUGACGCAGAGUCAAAUGGAGCGCCCUACGCGCUGGGCGCUUAUAUUGUUUGCGCUUUGCGCAACGACAGUACAAACGGCAAUUUUGAAUUCUAAUCCUUCAGAGGACAUUUCGAACUCGAUAGACCUAACAAACAACCCGCUGUCCAGAGUGAAACGGAAUGGCAAUAUUCGUGGAAAUUUCCGUGGUCAGACCCAAUCGCAGUAUCUGCACUUUGGCAACAGUCAAGAUGGCAAAGCUGAAGCAGAAGCCACACAGCAUAGCUCCAGGGCGGUAGUAGUUGGUUCCAACGGUAUGGGACAAGCACAGAGCCAAUCGCUUGGCGGUGACUGCACUUCAUGCUACGGAGCGGUUGAUGGUGGCGGCAGCUACGUUUAUGACAGCAGACCCGACCCUCUCAAAGUGCCAGGGGAUAAGCUACGCUUACCGGAGGCGUACGAUACCGGUUCCAACGGACACUCCAUGAGACCUAGCGGUGGGCUCGAUGCUUACGGUCGUCCAGGUGGAACCGGGUUGGAUGCUUACGGGCGUCCAGUGGACGGUCAUGGGAGACCUAUUGGCGGCCCUGGUACGGAAGGAUCUGGUGUUGGAACCCAUGGUCGACAUCCACAUGGAGGAACUGGAUUCGAUGGUCAUGGUAGACCGAGUGGUGGACCAGGCAUGGGAGGGGUCGAUGUAGAUGGAUAUGGUAGACCGAGUGGUGGACCAGGAACAGGAGGACCCGUCGUUGAUGCGCAUGGACGACCGAUUGGUGGGCCGGGAACUGGAGGAUCCGGGGUUGACGCUCAUGGAAGGCCAAUCGGAGGACCAGGAACUGGUGGAUCUGGUGUUGACGCUCAUGGAAGACCGAUUGGUGGGCCAGGAACAGGAAGACCAGGUGUGGAUGCUCAUGGAAGACCGAUUGGUGGAUCAGGAACAGGUGGAACCGGUGUAGAUGCACAUGGAAGGCCAAUUGGCGGACCAGGAACCGGAGGAUCAGGUCAUGGACGACCUAUAGGAGGACCAGGAACUGGUGGUUCCGGUGUUGAUGCUUAUGGAAGACCUUUGGGCGGUCCUGGUACAGGAGGAUCAGGCGUAGACGCUCAUGGACGUCCUAUUGGAGGUCCUGGUACUGGUGGGUCUGGUGUUGACGCUCAUGGAAGACCUGUUGGAGGACCUGGUAGUGGUGGAUCUGGUGUUGACGCUCAUGGAAGACCUGUUGGGGGACCCGGUGUUGGUGGAUCAGGCGUGGAUGCACACGGAAGACCGAUUGGAGGUCCUGGAACUGGUGGAUCAGGCGUGGAUGCACACGGAAGACCGAUUGGAGGUCCUGGAACUGGUGGAUCAGGCGUGGAUGCACACGGAAGACCGAUUGGUGGUCCUGUUACUGGUGGAUCAGGCGUGGAUGCACACGGAAGACCGAUUGGAGGUCCCGGAACUGGUGGAUCAGUUGUGGACGCUUAUGGAAGACCCAUCGGAGGACCAGGUACUGGUGGAUCAGGAGUUGAUGCAUAUGGAAGACCAAUUGGAGGACCAGGCGUUGAUGUGCAUGGUAGGCCAGUAGAAGGCACUGGAACCGGAGGAAUAGAUACAAAUGGACGAGUUUCUGGAGGACCAGGAGGUCCAGAUGCUUCAGGGAGACCGGGCACUGGAGGACCAGGUGUUGAUGGUCAUGGCAGACCAGUAGGAGGCCCUGGACCAGGUACAAAUGGACGUGGUAGACCAACUGGAGAUGCAGGCACAGGUGCUGGAGGUGUAGAUGCGUAUGGCAGACCGAUUGGAAGUCCAGCAGUCGAUGCACAAGGAAGACCAAUCGGUGGAUUUGAUGCACAGGGAAGACCUCUCGGUAUUGGCCAUGGUCGGCCUGUUGGUGGAGUACCUGGUACAGGACAUGACGCUAGUGGAAGACCGGUCGGUGGUCAUGGUCCUCAUCCUCAUCUUGUAGGACCGCCUCUGCCGGGAGCUGGAGUACAUGGUGUCUAUCCUUCAGCUCCACACACUGUGACUCUGCCAGGCCAGGAUCAUACCGUUGUCAACCCUACUGGCGGUUUAACUGUUUUAGUUGGCACGGGUCACUCAAAGCAAACUGUGAUUGGCUCCGAUAGUAGAUUAGAUGGUCACGGCCCAGUGAAAAUCAUUCCUGGCCCUCCCGACAGCCAUGGACCUCCGAAACAAACGGUUUACGCACAUCCUGGUGGUGUUACAGUACUGGUAGGGACGGGUGGUGCACAACAAACCGUGCAUCAUCUUCCAGUGCAUGGAGGACAACCUAGAACAGGCCCGCAAACAGUUAUUCACCCAGGCACCGUUGGAUAUCCAGGUCAGUAUCCUGGUGGGGCAGGACAUUACCCAGGAUCUACUGGGGUCGGUGGUCAAUAUCCAACUGGCACUGGAGGAGUGGGAACAGGAACAGGAUCAUUACCCGGAACUGGAAUACAACAUCCAGGAGGUACAGUAGGAGGACAACAGCCAGGCAUGGUUGGAGGACCAGGGACUGGACAAUAUCCUGGCACAGGUCAGUAUCCUGGUAGUUCUCAAUACCCUGGAGGACCUGGAUCAGCUGGAAGUGGAGUGGGUGCAGGACAAUAUCCAGGAGGAGUUACAGGAGGCACUGGACAACAACCUGGUGGUGCUGGCCAGUAUCCAGAAGGUGUUGGAACAGGUCAAUAUCCUGUAGGUACGGGAGGGGGAUCUGGACAAUAUCCAGCAGGUGGUGGCACUGGUACUAGCCCAUAUCCUGGUGGGGUUGGUCAAUAUCCCGGUGGCGCUGGAGGAGGCGUAGCAGGUGGACAGUAUCCAGGAGGUACUGGAGCAGGCCAGUAUCCUUCAGGAACUGGUACAGGUCAAUAUCCCGGAGGUACCGGUACAGGAACAGGUCAACACCCGGGAGGCUCUGGAGUUGGCACAGGUGGUACUGGAGCUGGAACAGGACAGUAUCCUGGCGGCACUGGAGUAGGAACUGGUCAAUAUCCUGGUGGCACUGGAACAGGAGCUGGCCAAUAUCCUGGUGACACCGGAGCAGGCACAGGACAAUAUCCCGGUGGCACUGGAGCAGGAACAGGACAGUACCCUGGUGGCACUGGUGCAGGCACGGGACGAUAUCCUGGUGGCACCGGAGCAGGCACGGGGCAGUACCCUGUUGGCACUGGAACAGGAGCUGGUCAAUAUCCUGCUGGCACUGGAGCAGGCACAGGACAGUAUCCAGGUGGCACUGGAGCAGGAACAGGACAGUACCCCGGUGGCACUGGAGUAGGCACAGGACAAUAUCCUGCUGGCACAGGCACAGGUACAGGACAGUAUCCUGGUGGCACUGGAACAGGAGCUGGACAAUAUCCUGGUGGAGCUGGUCAAUAUCCAGGAGGCACUGGAGUGGGAACAGGUCAAUAUCCUGGAGGAGCUGGACAAUAUCCUGGUGGCACUGGAACAGGAACUGGUCAAUAUCCUGGAGGCACUGGAGUAGGAACUGGUCAAUAUCCUGGAGGCACUGGUAUAGGGGCAGGUCAAUACCCUGGUGGAACUGGACAAUAUCCUGGAGGCACAGGAGUAGGCACAGGUCAAUAUCCUGACGGUUCUGGACAAUAUCCUGGUGGAACUGGCGCAGGAACAGGACAGUAUCCUGGUGGAACUGGAACAGGAGCAGGCCAAUAUCCAGGCGGAACUGGAACAGGAGCAGGUCAAUAUCCUGGAGGAGCAGGAACCGGCACCUAUCCGGGAGGUGUUGGAUCUGGACAGUAUCCAGGAGGAGUCGGAACAGGUACUGGGACAGGUGCAGGCGGUCUAUAUCCGGGAGGAGUUGGUACGGGAACGGGUGCAGGCGGUCUAUACCCGGGCACAGGUACAGGAGGGACAGGUUACUAUCCGGCAGGAACAGGCACCGGUGGAUCUGCUCUCGAUCAAUAUCCAUCAACCAUUGACCAGGGAGCCGGAGGUGGUGGUUUACCACCGCAAUCCAUUCAAUUGCCAGAGGAAGAAGAUGACUCAUUCUCACAAGCCGAAUCGUCAGUCAAGAAUGGAGAAGUGAUGGCUUCCGCACAAGGACGCAAGAAUGGGGGCACUGCCCAGACGCAGGUGUCCGGUACGUACACGGGUACCGGUUCGUUUAGUGCCAGUGCUCAAACCAGCGACAAGGACCGUGCAGCACAGGCACAAGUCUCGGGCGGAAAGGAAGGUGCCAUGAGUUCUGCCCAAGGUACGGGUGGAGUUGGCAAAUCGCAAUCGUUGGUCCAGGUUGAUUCGAAGACGGGUGGCACAUCGGCAACGUCCCAGAGUGGAGGCUUAGGGCACGAGAGUCAAUCGGAGGUGGUGGCUAAUGAGAAGGGUGGUUUGGCCGAUGCACAAUCAAGCGGACCUGGACAAACUUCUUCCCAGGCGCAGAUAGGUUUCCGUCCGCAGGGUGAAGGUGUUGUUGAUCAGCAAAAUAUUUUCAACGGAGGUGGACAAGCAUCCGCGCAGUCGGGUGCUCACUCGGGCCAGAGUCAGUCGCAAAUUAGUGGCAACUUCAAGUUUGGCAUUGCAUACCACGGAGCGGCACAGGCAGCUUCUGGCACGAAGGAACAGGUGAACACGUAUCGUGAGAAGAGCAAACCGCUGUUCCAAUCGAUUGGACUGUUUGGAAAAUCUAUUGGUUCCACGGUCAGAAAGGAAUCUGUAGACACCAACGGUAUGCGGACUCGAACGUCUGAGCAAAGUUUAGUGAACUUCAUCAGUACCACGCCUCCUCCCGGUGAAGAGGAAGAGUACGAAGAUGUCGAUGAAGAGGAGGAAGACUAUGACGAAGAGUACGAAACCACGCCAAAGAUAACGCGCAGUGGCGAUAAGGUGACAACGGAACCUAAAACCCCGGCAAAAACAACUCCCGUAGCUUAUGUGGUCACCGAACCGUCCACCGUAACGGUGCGCACGAAUGGAAAUGGACGAGUUUUCACCCAAGGUGGACCAACUCAGAAGCAAACGGCAUUCGUACCGCACGGCGAUAACUUCCGGCUAGUUCAGACACAAAAUGGCCGUUCGACGGUACACGCUGUGACGACGGAACGAUCGCAACAAACGGUAGUGAAUGCUGUUAGUACGACACCCAAGUACACUACGCGCUAUCUGUCCACAAAGAAGGACACACCACCGACGACGACCAAAACGGUAACCGCUGAUGGUGUUGAGGAAGGACCAGAACCGGACUCACCGACACAGAAGACCGGUCAUCCGGAUAGUUACAUCUCGGUAACGAAACAGGUCACCGGGAUCGACGAGAAGAGCAAGGUGCCGGCCAUCCCGGGCAAGAACUACGAGUCGACGUACUACACAAAAUCGUCCACCUGUGGUUACUUCACCUUCUCGUGCAAUAUCGUGUACGGUGAGAAUGGGCGAAGUAAAAUCUGUCGACCGAAACCACCGGCCAAUGGUAAAUGUUAG